AUGAACAAUGAUCUUGAAGACGUCAAAUAUCAGAUAAGUAAGGGAGCCGAGGUAAAUGGAGGAAGUAGCUUUUUUGAAGGUUGGACUGCAUUACAUAUUGCUGCUAAAAAUGGUAAAAUUGAAGUCAUGAAGUAUAUGAUUAGUCAAGGAGCUGAGGUAAAUAGAGAAGAUAAUAACGCUCGGACUGCAUUACACAGCGCUGUACAGAAUGAUCAACUCGAAGUAACGAAGUAUCUGAUCAGUGAAGGAGCUGAGGUUAAUAAAGGGGAUAAAGAUGGUUGGACUGCAUUACACAGUGCUGCUAGCAGUGGUCAUGUUGAUGUUACCAAGUAUCUGAUCAGUGAAGGAGCUGAGGUUAAUAAAGGGGAUAAAGAUGGUUCGACUGCAUUACAUAGUGCUGCUGUCAAUGGUCAUAUUGAUGUUACCAAGUAUCUGAUCAGUGAAGGAGCUGAGGUUAAUAAAGGGGAUAACGAUGGUUGGACUGCAUUACACUGUGCUGCUAGCACUGGUCAUGUUGAUGUUACUAAAUAUCUGAUCAGUCAAGGAGCUGAGGUUAAUAAGGGAAGAGAUGAUGGCUCGACUGCAUUACACAUUGCUGCUAGCAGUGGUCGUAAUGACGUCACCAAAUAUCUGAUCAGUGAAGGAGCUGAUGUUAAUAAAGGGGGUAGAUAUGCUUGGACUGCAUUACACUGUGCUGCUAGCACUGGUCAUGUUGAUGUUACCAAGUAUCUGAUCAGUGAAGGAGCUGAGGUUAAUAAAAGGGCUGACGAUGGUUGGACUGCAUUACACUUCGCUGCUUUCAAAGGUUAUAUUGACGUCACUAAGUUUCUGAUAAGUCAAGAAGCUGAGGUCAACAAAAUAAAUGAUACAGGUCUCACUGCAUUAUGCACUGCUGCUCUGAAAGAUCAUAUUGACGUCAUAAAAUAUCUGAUCAGUCAAGGAGCUGAGGUUAAUAAGGGAGAUAAUGAUGGUUGGACUGCAUUACACAAUGCUGCUUACAGUGGUCAUGUUGACGUCAUCAAGUAUCUGAUCAGUCAAGGAGCUGAGGUUAAUAAGGGAAGAGAUGUUGGUCGGACUGCAUUACACAGUGCUGCUUACAAUGGUCAUGUUGACGUCAUCAAAUAUCUGAUCAGUCAAGGUGCUAAGGUUAAUAAGGGAGCUAAUGAUGGUAAGACUGCAUUGUACAAUGCUGCUUACAAUGGUCAUGUUGACGUCAUCAAGUAUCUGAUCAGUCAAGGAGCUGAGGUUAAUAAGGGAGAUAAUAAUGGUUGGACUGCAUUACACAAUGCUGCUUACAAUGGUCAUGUUGACGUCAUCAAAUAUCUGAUCAGUCAAGGAGCUGAGGUAAAUAAGGGAGAUAAUAAUGGUCGGACUGCAUUACACUGUGCUACUUACAAUGGUCAUGUUGACGUCAUCAAAUAUCUGAUCAGUCAAGGAGCUCAGGUUAAUAAGGGAUAUAAUAAUGGUUGGACUGCAUUACACAGUGCUGCUGACUAUGGUCAUGUUGACGUCAUCAAAUAUCUGAUCAGUCAAGGUGCUGAGGUUAAUAAGGGAACUAAUGAUGGUCAGACUGCAUUGUACAAUGCUGCUUACAAUUGUCAUGUUGAUGUCAUCAAGUAUCUGAUAAGUCAAGGAGCUGAGGUUAAUAAGGGAGAUAAUAAUGGUCGGACUGCAUUACGCAGUGCUGCUGGCAAUGGUCAUGUUGACGUCAUCAAAUAUCUGAUCAGUCAAGGUGCUGAGGUUAAUAAGGGAGAUAAUAAUGGUCGGACUGCAUUACGCAGUGCUGCUGGCAAUGGUCAUGUUGACGUCAUCAAAUAUCUGAUCAGUCAAGGUGCUGAGGUUAAUAAGGGAGAUAAUGAUGGUUGGACUGCAUUACACUGUGCUGCUAACAAUGGUCAUGUUGACGUCAUCAAAUAUCUGAUCAGUCAAGGAGCUGAGGUAAAUAAGGGUAGAGAUGAUGGUCGGACUGCAUUACACUGUGCUGCUUACAAUGGUCAUGUUGACGUCAUCAAAUAUCUGAUCAGUCAAGGAGCUCAGGUUAAUAAGGAGGAUAAUAAUGGUCGGACUGCAUUACGCAGUGCUGCUGGCAAUGGUCAUGUUGACGUCAUCAAAUAUCUGAUCAGUCAAGGAGCUCAGGUUAAUAAGGAGGAUAAUAAUGGUCGGACUGCAUUACGCAGUGCUGCUGGCAAUGGUCAUGUUGACGUCAUCAAGUAUCUGAUCAGUCAAGGAGCAGAGGUUAAUAAGGGAGAUAGUAAUGGUUGGACUGCAUUACACAGUGCUGCUGACAAUGGUCAUGUUGACGUCAUCAAGUAUCUGAUCAGUCAAGGAGCUGAGGUUAAUAAGGGAGCUAAUGAUGGUCAGACUGCAUUGUACAAUGCUGCUUACAAUGGUCAUGUUGACGUCAUCAAGUAUCUGAUCAGUCAAGGAGCUGAGGUUAAUAAGGAGGAUAAUGAGGGAAUUACAGCAUUACACAGAGCUGUUGACAAAGGUCUUAUUAACGUCAUCAAAUAUCUGAUCAGUCACGGAGCUGAGGUUAAUAAAGGUGAUAAUGAUGGUCGGACUGUAUCACACACCGCUGUACAGAAUGGUCAUCUUGAUAUCACUAAAUACCUGAUUAGCAAAGGAGCUGAGGUGAAUAAAGGAGAUGGUACUGGUUCGACUGCAUUACACAUUGCGGUUAUGCAUGGUCAUCUUGAUAUCACCGACUAUCUGCUCAGCGAUGGAGCUGAGGUGAAUAAGGCAACACGAGACAAGUUGAAUACCAAGAUAUCCAACGAGUACUACAAUGGCGGGUUAUCUCCUAAUGAGUCCUUGGUGUUUUAUCUCAUUGAGAAUGGCGCCAAGCUAGAUGUAAAGGACGACACAGGCAACCUACCGAUCCACUAUGCCAAGGAUGAACUAGUCAGGCAGAUGAUAUUGUCAAGGUUAUCUUCAUUGGAUGAGGUAAAAUCUACAAGAGAACUCACUAAUAGGCCAUUCACCUCUCCCGAGGUUUCUGCAGAAGUAAAAACUAAUACCAGUCAGGAAAUCAAACUACAAGACCAUGGGAUAUCGAUAUACAUUCCUCCUGGAGCAGUUCCACAUGAUGACUCUUGUCAGAUCACACUGGCCGUCAUGAGAGACAAUCCCGGUGUUGACAUCCCAGUAAGUGAAUCAAUGGCCUGCUGUGGGAUCAGGUGUGACCCUCCAACCGUGAUCUUCAACCAACCUGUUAAAAUAACUAUACCACACUCUAUCUUUGUCAUCAAUCCACAGCAGGUGAAACCAGACAUCGUGUACCGCGUAUGGGAUUCUGUGAGGGACCUACCCAAAACUGUCAGAAUGAGGUCAUCCAGUUCACCAGACCAACCACCGUACUCUAAAGUUUAUAAGAGUCAUCUUGAGCUGUACAUUGGUCACUGUGCUGAGUGGUGGGUUCUGAUUCCUCUUAAACAACAUGUGAUCCGACAUCGACUUCUAUGCACUCCAUACAUCCCAGACAGUAUACACAGGGGGCAAGACUUUGAGGUUAGCCUUCAUGUGCAUGCCGACAUUCCUGGCAUUGAAAUGGACAUACAAAAGGAGAAUAUGCAGCAGUCAUUCCGUAAAGGGCAUCGCUCUGUUCCAUUCAGCGUUGAAGCGAAUUCUAAUGACGUCAUAUUGACUUGCUAUCAUGAGGAGGAACAAAUUGGAAGAGAGGUCCUUCCUUCCAAGGACAUUCGAACCAAGAUGAGUCAGAAUGUAAUGUUUGCCAUUUCUCCUCAAGGGGAUGAUGAAGACUUUACAAGAAUUGCCAUCACGAUUACACAGGCGGGAAAGCUCGAAGUGUCACAAUCCAUUGUUUUCGUCAUCAGAUACACAGGUAUUUUUAUCAUCAACCUUAACUCGAGUGAUAGGUUUGCACAGCAGACUAUACGGCCACCGUCAUUAGAGCAAACGUGA